GCCUGUUGACCGGAAGUCGCAUGAUUUGAACGCCCAACGCCCAUGAUCUCUACUGUUCCAAACGUCUGUGACGUUUUCAUACGUUAACUCGUUUUGGUAUCAUAUGUUGAGGUUGGAUGGCAAGCGCAUCAAAAUGUAUAUCUGUGUCUCUCCAUGUGCGACUUACCGACAGAUGUUUGUAUGCAUCAUCAUAAUCAAAAUUUGUCCGAAUAUUCUUACGCCACAAUGGUUACCACACAAUCAAAACCCGAGACUUCUGGUCUAGACAUGUCAAAAUACAUUACUCCAUGGAAACUUGAUCCGCAGCAACCGUAUCUUCUGAAAAAUUGCAGAAUUGUUGACCCCGUUCAUGGAUCGAUCAGCAGCAAUACCACUAUCGUCCUGUCCGCCGGCAAGAUUAUUUCCGUUGAAGCAGGCGAGCCAGCAAAGUCGGAUGGAACUGAGAUCAAGACAGAGAACAUCAUCGACCUUGAGGGAAAAUAUGUCUGCCCCGGUCUGAUCGACUGCCAUGUCCACAUCGCAGUUACACCAGGCGCAGCCAGUUUGGCGUCGUACCGAGACAUGACGGAGACCAAAAGCCUUCUGCGGCAGCCUAGUGUUCUGAAGUCAAUGCUCCAGCGCGGGUUCACUACUGUCAGAGACUGCGGUGGUGCAACUCUCGCUAUGAAAGAGGCCGUCGAAGAGGGCAUCUAUCCCGGUCCGCGCCUCUUCAUCUCUGGAAAGGCUCUGUCCCAGACUGGCGGCCACGGCGACAUGAGAGGGCGGCACGACACCAUCCCCUGCUGCGGCGGCGCUGUUUCGGGCAUCAGUCGAAUCGUAGAUGGGGUGCCGGAAUGCUACCGUGUUGCUAGAGACGAAUUGCGCCAAGGUGCAGACUUCAUCAAGAUCAUGGGCGGUGGUGGCGUUGCCAGCCCAACUGACCGCAUCGACCAGCUCCAGUUCUCCGACGACGAAAUCAAGGCUAUAGUCACCGUCGCAAAUAACGCAAAGACGUAUGUCACGAGUCACUGCUAUACCACAGAAGCAGUGACACAGGCCAUCAACCAGGGCGUCAGGGGUAUUGAGCACGGCAACCUGAUCGAUCUCGAAACUGCAAAAUUGAUGGCGAAGACGGGGACAUUUCUCACGCCGACGCUUGUUACUCACUUCGUAUCAAAGGAGUCACAUUUCCUAGAUGCUGAGUCAGAAGCCAAAGUCACCACUGUACUCGAACAGGGCUUAGUUACACUCAAGAUGGCAACUGAGCUUGGUGUCACCGUUUGUUUCGGAACAGAUCUGCUGGGCCCAACUCACUUCGCUCAGUCGAAAGAGUUCUCUAUUCGCAGUCAAGUCCAGACAUCCCUUCAGAUUCUGCAAAGCGCCACCAUCAAUGCUGCCAAGCUGCUUGGCCAGGAAAACAAGCUUGGCCAGGUCAAGGAAGGAUUCAUGGCAGAUUUAUUGAUUCUAGAUCGUAACCCUCUGGAUGAUAUCACAAUCCUGGACAAGUCUCAGGAGUCUAUAUUGGCUGUUGUGAAGGAUGGCAGGGUUAUGCAUUCGCAUCUGAGCUAUAUGAAAGAAGAGCCGAGAGUCUGAGGGCCCGGGGUAAUUUAACCUCAGGUAUGGAAUCAUGUAAUCAGCAUUAAUAGAGAUCCAAAGGAUUUUUUGCUUCUUACCUUAAUUGCAAUUCUUCCUGAGCGCAUUUGUCUCGCCCUCACCGGUGACCAAGUUUGAUCAAAAUCUAUUCCAGACCA